AUGCGCUUCACCUUGGCCUAUUGGAUUUCCGUUAUGUUCCUCCUCGGUUCCAUCUUCUUCUGCUUGGGUUCCGCGAACAAGCUCUUGGAAGCUUACGGCGGAAGAAUCGUCCAGGUGUGGCCGAAUCUUCUGGGUGGUGUUGCCUACACUGUCGGCUGCUACCUCUCUUAUGUGCAGCUGAUCAACAUGCCCACGAGGAAGGCCGAGUCGCUGAGGUUGGUGUGCGCCGAUUGGAACAAGGUGUCGGAGCGGGUGGAUGUGCCCUCGACGAUCGGAACUAUUGCCUUCUUGGCUGGGGCGAUCCUCUUUCAAAUCGCCUGCGUGGCCGAUUUUGCGGAUGUUCCGACGCAUGCUGAUCUCUGGAUUGGUGUGCCCAACUUCAUGGGGAGCCUUCUCUUCACCGUUGGCGGCGUAUGUGAGAUCCUUCUCAACAGAACCGGGGGUGACAGCAAUGCCGGAGAUGACAUUGCUUGGCUUGCGUCCUGGUUCACCCUGGUUGGCUCGGUCUGCUUCGUCGCGAGUGCCGGCAGUGCCCUCUACGUGCCCUGGCAUCAGCCGCAGAAGCCCUAA